AACUGCUCAGCUAGUGGAGUGGAGCAGAGAAGUGCUUAACGUGCCGUAGUCUGCAAUCCAAGAUUGUUGUUUCUGGGCUGGAUUCAUUUGUGCAAAUUGUUGAGGAUAUAAUUGAAACAAGGCUUUGGUGUGUGUUCAGUUCAGCAGCCAGCUGCAGCAGUUUAUGUCUUUGAAAGAUAUCGCACCUUUGUAACUUUUUACUGAGGAAUUUCACUAUUCAGAAGCCGGUGGUUUAGCUGCGCUCACCCCACAGAGGUUGUCAACUUCACAGGCUGACAGCGUUUAGUUCAGCCUUGAGUGGAAUGUGGCUUGUCACUACAGCUGUUUCGGAUAUCUUCAGCUACUAAUGAUUGUAAUAACAGAACAGGGUCCUGAGCAGUUGUUUUGGUGUUGCUGCUCAAGUGCACUUCGCCAUGCAUCUUGCUCACUCAAAGGAUUAGAAAAGAAGACAAAUGGCACGGAGACUCCGUUUGCAUUUUGCAACAAGAAGAAGCAAUACGGAUCCUUUGUCGGAGACUUGUGGCAGUGAUGUGGAAAAUUAUGUUUCUGUGUCAACCCAGAGACCUACUGAAGUGCAUAAUAUUAUCCAGAUGAAGGUAACUUCACCACUGUGCUCACUGCCUCCCUUGUCGCCAGACCUGCGACAGACGUCAUUAUUUAUAUCACAAGUGAACAACAGUAAGAAGAGCACGUCUUUACAAAUUUCUCUCCAGGCUUCAAAAUGCAGUGGAGACCUUGAGACUGGAGCAUAUGUGAUUCCGAGUGAUAGAGAGAAGCCGGUUAUCUCAGAGACUUGCAGUUUAGGCACAAGAGACCAUCACAGGGAUGCUUGCUACUGUCCUAGCAGUACCCCAGAAGAAGGAAACUCCAACAGAUUUCCUGCCUCGGCGGGUCUGUCUUGUAAUACUUCGAGCAUCCCCGAUUUAAGGUCAUGCACAGAUGACAGAGGUGAGCGUGCAAGAACCAAAGAUGAUGUUGCUGGUGAUUUUGCAUCACUAGGAAACCCAAGUAAUGACGGAGGUUCAUGUAGCAGUAGCAAUGCAAGUGAUGCAGGAUACUGCAGCAGUAGCAGCAUUUAUUUUGAUCCUGAAUUCCUUGAGCGGCCACCAGCCGCAGAAAUUAUUCCAGCAAGGAGAAGGGCAAAGGUGCCCCUGAGACGUUGUUCUUCUCUGGUCAUUUUUCCUCGGAGUCCUUGCAGUACUCCACCCACAUCCCCUAUUAGCCCAGGGCCUACACAGUCGCAUGCUUCCUAUCAAACCUCACAUCAGUUCUGUCUUUCUGCAGUGGAUCCUUCAUCACAAGAAGAAGAGGAGGCAACAUCAAGGGGUGCUGUUGCUACAGCAGUCAAUGGCCUCCGUUUGUCAAAAAUCAGCUGUCCACCUGUAGAGCUCAGAGAUGUGAGGCCCCUUCAUUUGAAUGGGGCACUAGUGGAUAAAUCCUGUGGAACCAGCACCAGUCUGGACCAGCAAUCCAUUCGUGAGAGAUCUGAAAGGCACGCUAGUGUUUUAUUACAUUAUACUUCACCAAGGGUAGGUACAUCAAGUCUAGAGCAUUAUGAGCUCCCUGUUAGUGAGCCCAAAUGUGAAAAUCUGCCAGAGCAUCAUCAUCUAAAAUUAAUGAGGAGCACAUCUGCUUGUUUGCCAUCGCAGCAAAACUCCGAUUAUCACCUAACCAGUGUCAAAGAAAGGAGCAGUAACCAAGCAAGAAAAAGCCACCACCAAGCCUUACAGAGAAGCCUUUCACUUGAGGUACCUUCUCAGCAGAUUUCAUGGCAUUUCCCAUAUCUCAAGAAAUACAGCUGUGGAGCACCUAGAGUACAUAUUCGUUUGUCUCCAGGACAUGAAGGAAGGGUUUGUGGUUCUGUAAAGGAAAUAAAAAGGAACUCUGAAUGUGAAAAGAUAAAAACAGAUAUUGGACAGGAUUGUAAGGUAAGCAGUAUUUCUCACCCAUGUAGGAUAGUGUUCUAAAUCUGUUACUUAUUGCUUAAAACAUAAUGAACUUUGGUUAUCCAUCCAUCCAUUUUCUAACCCGCUGAAUCCGAAUACAGGGUCACGGG